AUGAACACUCCAGCCGUCGCCUGCCUUCCUCUUCGCCAUCUCUACCAUUGCCGGAUGUCGGUUUGCCGAGAAGGACCGCUGAGAUCGACGCCACCAUUGGAAAGAUCCAGUCGAAGGUUCGUGGUUGGAUCUCAAGACGGACAUCACCUUUGCGGGGCCAUUUCACCAAGUGUAGCUGCUGCCACUUCGCUUCUACGAUCUCCCCAGCCACCGUUGCAUCCCCGGGGUCUGAUUGCCACCUUUUGGCCACCGCUACUUCAUUGUCGAGGUCACAGAUUGUCGGGGGAGCACCAGAAUAUUCCGGCAUCGUGUGCUCUAAGCCACCAAGCGAACAUUGAGCGUCCACCAGCCUCCUUCCCCUUCCCCUUCUUAGGCCGCGCUAUUGUCACCAUCUCGAAGCUUCUGCCGUCGCUACCAUGUGCCACCUGGUGGUUGUGGGUGUGUUCAUGGGUGAAUGUUCGUGUGAAAUUGUUGCUACCGGUUUCAAUCGGGUGUGUAUGUGUGUUUCCGGUCUUGGGAGUGUUGUGUGUGAUCUAUUGUUGGCCGGAAAGCCUAGGGCCACCACUACCACCACCAUGA